AUGAAGUUCUUUAGCCUGAUCGUGGCCCUACUCGGGUUCCUACCCUUUCUCGCUGCAGCUUUCCCUGUAGCAGACCCCGUUGCAGAGCCAGAAAUGCACCUGGAGAAGCGUCGAUCGGCACAAACCUGCAGGAUUGUCAAUCUCCGCAAAGGCGAAUACGUUAACUGCCGGUACGGCCCGACCACGAAGGCGGGCAACAUCUUUGCCUUCCGCCAGGGCCAGAAACGUACCUUCUCCUGCAAGAAGAAGGGGCAAUGUAUCAAGGGUAAUUGCACCUGGGAUCGAAUCACCCUGUACGGAGUUACGUGUUAUGUCAGUGGAUAUUACACGGAUAGUCGUUGCUCCAGCAAACGACUCCCGAAAUGUUAG